AUGUCGGCCAGUCUCCUGAGAACAGCGCAAUUUUAUUCCUGCUUGUCAUUUGCAGUCCCGUUGGUCAUUGCCCGUACGACCAUCCUUGCGCAGACGGUGUUCGGGCCAUUUAUAGCCCCUGUGUGCGAUGCCGGUGCAGCGCAUUCGCGGACAUUUGCAUCGGCCGACGGGCAGUGUGUGACGUUCGAUGUGGGUAAUGAUCGUUGGUGCAACUGGAUGAAGUUGGUCAGGACGGCUGACCACGGCCAACACAACCUCCGCGUCUUCAUCCGGGAACAGAAAAUCCUUUUCGUCGCCGUCAAGGUCAUCCUGCCCGGCGAAGAACUCACACUAGCGCUAUCCAAGCGUGACCGGAAAGAGAUCAUCGACAAUCAUGUGAAUUAUGUAGCAGUUUCUGUGGAUUGUGCGAUGAGCGGUGCUGCGGUAAACCAAGAUACUUCCAUGGUGAAGUGCGAGUGUGAAGAUGGCCGCGUGGAAGACGUGGCACAGCAAAUGGCGGAAGCUGCACUGAUCCUUACUACUUGUCGUUUCUCAUUUGACGGUGAUAAGCUGACUUUGGCACAUGAUCAGACAGAUGUCUUACCUCCCCAUACCCUACCACUGCCAGCGCGAUGGGAAGAACAAUCGCAUGCAUCGCUUAUUGUUCAGCGCAAAGGCUCACCCGAGUUUCCGUUUCCCUCCAACUUCUCCUCAGCUGCACUGGAUACUUUGCCGGAGAAAGCUGCGGAUGCGAGGAAACUGAAGAUCGAAGAGAAAGAGGCGGCGUCGGAGCAGUUCUAUGUCUCGACGCGUGUGCAUUCCCUUCGUAGGCGAAAUGUCGUACGUGCCGGUAUUACCCGUUAUGAUGAUGACUUUUCGGAUGAUAACGAUGACGAUUUCAGCUUAUCCGGGGUCAGCGAUUCAUCAACGACUGAUUCCGAAUGCUCCAGCGAAGCUGAAGGGGAUUUGCAAGGUGGCACGAAAAAAAAGCGAGGCAGAAAAGCUCGCGUGGUAGGCACGAGAGUCAAGAUACUUCCGAAGAAAACUGAAACUGUGAUGCGAAAAGAUACUGCGGAAAGCGUAUUAGCAGCUAAAGGUUGCAAUUCUGAAGAGCCGAAUGAACCAUCUCUAGUAAGGACAAAGGAGGGCACGAAAUACCAUUCGGAGAAAAUGCGGCGAUUAAAUCUGGUUGCCAAGAUUAAUCCCUUCCAGUUUUCCUCGCGAAAGGAACGUCGCGCUGCAUGGACAGCAGCGUGGCAGGCAUACCAGGAUGAUGCGGAAGUUGGUCAUCGGCCGCGGAAAUCGCAGAAACCCACGUUCUCUUGGAAAUAUUUCCGGCAAUUUGUCAAAAUGCAGUUGGACAAUUUUCCUCAAGCGCUCGAUCGCUACAACGAAGAUACCGCCAGUGAAAGCAGACGACAGUAUAUCCAAGUUAUGCGAGUAAUAGCGCAGCAGGCGGGGAAGGAUUAUGCCGAUGGCGCGAAUGGAUUAAACGUUGCUGUUAACUCGCAUUUCAAGUCACGUACACUUGAGAAUUAUCGACCUAAUAAAUGGUUUCCAAGUUUCGUUUACCGAUUCGUGUGUCGGGAGUGCUUGUUGCAUUUCAAGGACGAAAACGUGCUGAAACUCCAUAGUAUACAGCACAGUGGUACACCGAGCGAAACCACCGACUUAUUGGAUUGUCCAGCGUGUCAGAAAUCGUUCAAGAAGUUGCCCAGUUUGCUGUGCCAUAUCAUCCAGCACGGUGAAAGCAGCACAGAUCAUCCAUUUUAUCCCGACUGCUGAUCCGAGCAUCAUGAGGUUCGCAUCCAAAACGGCCGCUCCGAUGGAGGUGCUAACGCAG